AUGGGAUCCCACCCAUUGGCCAACCUUCUCUUCCUUCUCCUCCUGCCGGCCUCCUCCCACCCCACCCAUGACUGCCCCCGACAGUGCGGCGGCGUCGAUAUCCCAUUCCCCUUCGGCAUCGGCCCCAACUGCUCCCUCCCCGGCUUCCAAGUCUCCUGCGACCACCACUCUCGCCCCCCGCUCCCAUACCUCGCCAGCACCCAACUCCGAAUCCUCUCCAUCUGCAACGGCGAACUCCGCGUGGACUCCGCUCCUUUCGUCGCCACCGACUGCAGCGACGGCCGCCGCGCCCUCGCCACCAUCUCCCUCCCCUUCGACGGGCCCUUCACCAUCUCCGGCGUCUCCAACCGCUUCGUGGCCAUCGGGUGCGACACCGUGGCGGUGGUGGCCGACGGCGGCACGUUCACGAGCGGGUGCGUGUCGCUCUGUUCGACCCGAGAGAGCGUGUUGAGCCCCGGCGGGGCGUGUUCGGGCGUCGGCUGCUGCGAGGCGAAGGUGCCGAGGGGUAGGAGGUAUCUCAGCAUGGGUGCUGCCAAUAUGUUCGGCUACGUCAAUGUCUCCGCGUUCGACAAUUGUAGCUAUUCGUUUGUGGUGGAGAGGGGAGGGUAUGAGUUCAGGGAGGAGGAUCUGAGGGAGUUUCCCGGACGGGCGACCAUCGCCAUGAGGUUGGAGUGGGCGGUGGGAGACGACGGAGACGGCGGGUGUGGGGAGAAUGCUUACCGUUUCCCGGCGGUUAGAGGGAGCGGGUAUCUUUGCAACUGCUCCGAGGGGUACGCUGGGAAUCCGUAUCCUGACGGCUCUGGUGGGUGCCAAGAUGUCGAUGAGUGCAAGGAUCCAGAAAGCAACCCUUGUGUCAGUGGUGCUCGUUGCUAUAACAAAAUCCCUGGAUAUGCUUGCAAAUGCCCAUUUGGUAGUGCUGGAGAUGGAACCAAGCAUGGAUCUGGUUGUAGAAAGGUCUUCCAAAUCGUCGAAGCUGUUUUAGGUACCAGAAGUGCUUGUGUGGGCAUUGUAGCGCUGCUCUUGUGUGGGCUAUGGUUCUACUUCGCAUUUAAAAAGCGAGCACUCAUCAAGCUGAAGGAAAAAUAUUUUCAUCAGAACGGUGGCCUGCUAUUAAAGCAGCAACUUUCGACACGGGAGGGCACCGAUUGCACUAGAGUUUUCUCUGCGGAGGAGCUCAAACGAGCCACCUUCGACUACGACGAUGCUAGAAUUCUAGGCACCGGAGCAUACGGCACCGUCUACAAAGGAGUCCUCGAGGAUGGCACGACGGUGGCCAUCAAGAAGUCCAAAGUAAUGGAUCAGAGCCGGAUCGAUCAAUUCGUCAACGAGGUCGUCAUCCUUACCCAGAUCAACCAUCGCAACGUCGUGAGGCUCCUCGGUUGCUGCUUGGAGACCAAGGUCCCAAUGCUGGUCUAUGAGUUCAUUUCUAAUGGCACCCUUUAUAAGCACAUCCACGACCGCGGUCUCGACGGCCCCAUCCCAUGGAGGGCCCGUUUGAGGAUUGCAACCGAGACAGCGGAAGCACUUGCCUACCUGCAUUCAGCUGCCUCCAUGGUUGUAUUCCACCGAGACGUCAAGUCCUCGAACAUACUGCUGGAUGACAAUUAUACUGCCAAGGUAUCCGAUUUCGGGAUCUCGAGACUGCUCCCAUUGGAUCAGACUCAGGUGCCAACAUUAGUGCAAGGGACUUUUGGAUAUUUGGAUCCUGAGUACUUGCAGACGAACCAGCUGACGGCAAAAAGCGAUGUGUAUAGCUUCGGAGUUGUUCUUGUCGAGCUUUUGACGGGGCAGAAGCCCGUAUCUUUCCAGAGAUCGAGGGAGGAUAUCAAUCUGGCGAUGUACUUCUUGUCGUCGCUGAAGUGUAAGGAUCUGAAGGAUUUCAUAGACGGGGAUGUGAUGAGAGAAGCCAGUGUAGAGCAGCUGAGUGCUGUAUCGGAGUUGGCUAGGAAGUGCCUGCUCCUCAGGGGGGAUAAGAGGCCAACCAUGAAGGAAGUAGCCCAAGAGCUUCUUACCAUUGCUGGAAUUGGAAGUCGUGGUGGAGAUGAAACUGGGGAAGAGAGUGAGGAUCCACCAAACAAGAGAUACCUCGACGUAGUUCGGCCCACAAGACGGUCUUCCAACAUACUUGUCCAUCUUCCUCAAAAAAACAAACCCGUUCGUUCAUCACUGUUGAUCUAGCAUGGUAGGCUACUGGAUCUCAGUUUGCAUUCCUCAAUUCACAAAAUGUCGCGCCCCUUCGAAGGAGAGAGAUUUUCUCCUGCAUCCUAGUAGCUCAUUUAAAUUAUUUCAGACAUUGUUGGAUCAAGUUUGCAUCCCUUCAUUUGAGGAACCUAGUAGCCCGUUGAAGUUAUUUUGGGACAUUAAUUGUUAAUCUUGGUAAUUUAUACUGUUACU